AUGGAAGGUCAGUACUAUGAGCCUAAUGAGGGACACUAUUUAAACAACACAUGUAAGACCUUCUGCAAGUGCUACAAGGGGGCUAUGGUGUGCGAGUACAAACCCUGCAAGGCAACAGAGAAAUGUAUGGUCGUAAAAGGAGUGAGAGGCUGCUACGAGGAAGGGGACAGUAACAGCAAUCAGUCAGGAGGACAAUCUGGUAAUAGUGACAGCAAUCAGUCAGGAGGAAAAUCUGGUAAUAGUGAUAGCAAUGAGUCAGGAGAACAAUCUGGUAACAGUACCAGCAAUUCAUCAGGAGGAAAAUCUGGAAAUAGUAACAGCAAUCAGUCAGGAGGACAAUCUGGUAACAGUACCAGCAGUUCAUCAGGGGGACAAUCUGGUAAAAGUGACAGCAAUCAGUCAGGAGGAAAAUCUGGUAAUAGUGAUAGCAAUUCAUCAGGAGGACAAUCUGGUAAAAGUGACAGCAAUCAGUCAGGACAAUCUGGGGAAAGUAACAGCAAAGAGGUAGGAGGGCAAUCUGGUAACAGUACAAGCAAUAUGUCAGGAGGAGGACAAGAUGGCAUGAUGAAACUAAUGAAUUAAGAAGUCGUAUAUGAACGAAUCAAUGGAGUAAUGAUGGGCGCAAUAACCAUCAAACCAGUAAAGAUUAUGACUUAUGCAGCAACACUUUCUCUCAUUCUUAACUAUUUAAUUUUGGUGUGAGAUUUUUAUGCAUGUGUUUUUCACUGCAGUUAUCAUCGGUUUAAAAGUUCUUUCUUGGUGACAGUCCAAAUGUUCUUGGGUAUCAAAAUCUUAAGUAACCUUUACUUUUGUCAGGACCUUUUCCCACAAAAUAUUUGAUUAUGUAAAACUAUUGAAACAAUCACGUAAGAAGAUUUGGUUCUGUUUCUUUAUGCCACUCUGUUUUAGCAUUUUUCACUAUUAUUCACUAGAUGCUGUCAAGUUGAGACCCUUCAAACAGCUAAAAACAGCUAAAAACAGCUUUAACCAUUGUUUUGUUUUUUGUUUUUUUGUAAUAAGAAGCAUACUGAUGAAUUGCAUGUUUGUCUCUUGCUGUUUUUGAAUAACAAAAAACAAUAUUUAAAACAAAUGAUGAUUCUGUCGUAACCCUGGGUGAUCACUGUUACCAACAUCCUUUAGCACCUUUCUUCCUGUGUUCACAUUGAUAAUCAGUAACCUGUACUAACAUGUUUCAGUCUGUAAAAAUCAAGUACAUCUUAUUCUCAUUAAACAAAUUUCAGCAGUUUAACCAUCUGUUGUGUCUGAUAUCUUUAAAACUUUGUCACUAACUGCCAAAUCCAGAAAGGCACAUUGAUGUUUUUGAAGACCCAAAUAUCCUUUGAAUGAUCAGGUAUUAAAAACUGACUCCUGUGUUUUUGUUAAGAUAAUGCUAAGAAUCUCUAUCCACUCGGAAACUCUGGUAAAAGAAUGAAACAUCAGCACACAGUUCAGCUUUAUGUAUUACCUUUUGUAACAGCAUAAAGUCAAACAGCAACCAAUCAGCAUCUCAACAUUAUGCAUUUCACAGGUAAUGAUAGUGUGUGGUUUAAAAAUAAAAUAAACAAAGCAAGAGAUUGAAAACAGUGUAUACCGGACAUAAAGACAGCAUUUACCUUGCUAUUUAGCUUCAGUAGUGUGGUAUAAAGAAGUUUGCUUAUAUCAGUCAUAUUAAAUGAACUUAAUGCAACACAUUAGACAUUCUCACUGAAACAAACAUAUCCAGCUACUUUACAAUUUACUCACUUUUACAGACCCAAGCUGCCUGAAUUGGUGCCUAAACAAAUUGCAGUAAAUUCUGAGGACCCCGGGCUGCGCAAACAGAUGCCUGAACUAAUUUUUUUUUUUUAAAGAAGAAGAAAAAAAAACAGUAAUUGCUUAGAACACACAAAAGGGAAUAAAUAUUCUUUGUAGUUUGGCUGAAAGUGACUGGGGGGCUUAGAGUGACACCUUGGUAUUGAUAUAUAGAGCUAUAAGGUCUUUUAAAUUACGGGUGUGUGAUAUUUGGAUCAGCAGCUAACUCUGUACUAUGUAGACUAGACAGAGUCUAGUCUAAUUAAUUUAUCAUAAUAUUACGGAUGGUUCAAAGGACCCGGAAUCUGGGAGAACUAGGUUGGUGGUUACUAGUAGAUUAAAACAGAGUGUGUCCAUCUUUCCGAAAAUUUGUCAGUUUUCUCCACUGAGUUACUGGCAAUUCUAUGGGCAUUACAAUAGAUAGAGGAAAAUAACCCUCAAAAAAGGGUUAUAUGCUCUGACUCUGCUGCUGCUUUGGAGGCUUUGUAAGAGGAAGCAUCAAGGGCCCGCCCAGAUAUGAUUUGGGAAAUAUUGCUGUUUAUUCAAGAUCAAAAGAUCAGGAUGCAAAGUGGAUUUUCUGUGGGUUCCUGGACAUUCAGGAAUAGAGGGAAGUAAAAUUGCAAAUUCUCUGGCAAAGCAAGCAUAAUCUGUCAUGAAAUGAGGCACAGAAAGGAGGACACAGUGACAAGAAACCGCAUCAGUUUGUCCAACAGACAGGGUUUAUUAAGGCUCAGGCAGAGGUCAGUACACAAAAGGCAGUCAGAUCAGGCAGAGGUAUCCAAAAACGUGAGGCAAAAAGGCAAGGUCUGAAAAAGGCAGGCAAGGUAAUACAGGGGUAUCAAUAACUAUGAAUUAUGCUGGAACAUGACUGUGAAGUGCAACGAGCUGGUGACAAGACAGUAGCCAUGUUACACGUGCAAAGUUUCUUGAUCUGAUUUAAAAAAUGAAGGGAUCUGAAAAUCUGAAUCCACUGUUUAUAUGUGCGCAACAUCAAAUAAUCUGAUCAUGACAUGCGCAUACUUGCAACAAGCUUUAUUCAGAUUAGAAGCAUUUGGACACGUGCAGAAUUGUCAGAUUUCGCGAAAACAACUGCAGAAGAAGAGUUGUAUUUACGCCUGUGCUGUCAACAAACCAACAAUCACUGUAGUGGCUCACUCCAUCCAAUGCAGGAGUUUUCCCCUCUGUUACUUGUUGUCACUAGAUGGCGCCCUUGCGUACUUGUAAUACUGUUCUGUCAAAGGUUGCACUGUGCGUGCAGAUGUGACAUCAUUACGCUGUAUGCGAUAUUUUUUUUGUAGGAUAGUAGGGGAAAGUCCCGCCUCCUUCGCCUCUGAUUGGCCAGAAAAGCUGGAAACGUCAUCACACACUCAAGCCAAACUGAGGCUGUCAGCUCUGUGUAUCGAACAGAACAUUACAGAACAUUAACGCACUUCUGAAUCUCCUAACCCUAACCCUCGUCCUAAUCCUAACCCUUAUCCUAACCCUAACCCUAACCCUAACCCGACAUAUGAUGACGUUUCACAGCCAUUAGGGAGAACCAAUCGGAGCCCAGCACUUCUUGCCAAUCAGAGGCGAAGGAGGGCGGGACCUUCCCCUACCAUCAUCCAAAAAAAAAUUUUUUUUAAAUUGCACGCUGUAUGUACACCUUGCUAUGUUAUAGGAGGAGCAGACACAGCACCUGCGGUUGUGUUUUAUGCCAGAGUGUUAAUAAUGAAACCUCCUGUACUGGUCUCAAUAAAUAAGCCAAAGGCUAAAGAGUGAAGAUCGAGUCAGGUUAGAGAGUCAAGAUCAGAAUACAAUUUCUUUCCGAUUGAGCCGAAUUGGAUCAGAAUCUCCUGAUAGACAUGUUUACAUGACCCAUUUUUAUUCUGAUAGAGCAUUUAGUCCGAUUAUUUGUGUCCAUGUAAACGUAGCUAGUGAGACACUGUACACAGUUUUGACAUUUUUUCAAUUUAAACAUGGACAUACUGUUAAAAAAUCUCUUAAAUCUUGGGAAUGCUUUUGUUUAAUUUGGGGUGCACCCCCAAAAACAGGCUAGAAAUGCCUUCAGCUCUUCAUUCUCUCCUCACUCCGCCCAGCUGCCUUUGCAUACAGGGUCCAAUCAGCCAAACCCUGUGGCCAAAAGGGUUUACUAGUCAGAUUUUGCAUUUGUGUGCUUUCACAUUGUGUUUGAAUUCAGAAAUCUUCCAGGGCUGUUAUUUGGUGAGUAAAGCUUCAGAGCUCUUUACUCGAGUCUCUACUGAACUUCUGUUGCAAAAUCAUGCCGAAGAGCUUUGUUUAUGACUAAACAAUGUUGCUGUGUGUGUUUUUGUGUGAUUUUCUUUUUGUGAGUCCCUGAUAACCUCGCUUUUUUCCUGGCUUUUAUCGGGUCAUUAAUAGAAAUGCAACCACCUUAUAACAGUUAUCAACUCUUGAUAACAAGAGCAAGGACAGAUCACACAUGACAUUUUAACUCAAUCUGCAGAAAAUAGCUCUUGCACAUUUUACUUCUGCUUUUUGACACUGGGCCAAAGCUGUUUGUUUAGCAGUGACUCAACUUCAAAUGAGCAGUAGUGAUAAAGCAACAGGGUUAGUUGAGGCUUGUAUUGGUUAUUUUUAAGGGUGUGUGAACUGCAAAGCUCUUGAAACAAGGAGAGCUAAAGGAGGACACAAAUCAGCACUUUCGGCAGAAAACAGAUUCAUGUCAUCUAACAUAACCAUCACUGACAAUGUACAUCUUAAUGGGGAUAAUUACACAUAAGCAGCACAAAGUUCCCUUCUCUAAUGUGAACUUGACUGUAAAUGAUCAAAUAAAUUCUUAUUACAGUACUAUUAUAUAAACAUACUAAUGUUUAUUGGCCCUGUCCUAACCUUUUUAGGAACAUUUUCCAGGCAUCAAAUGCAAAAUGAGUUAAUAUUAGCAAAACAACUGAAAAAAAAAAAAUUAAACACUCAAGUUUAUCAGCUUGAACAUUUAAUGUAAAGGAUUUUGCACUGUAUUCUGUUUUUACUCACAUUUUACACAACUUUCCAACUUCACUGAAAUUGGGGUUUGUAUAAACUACAAUAAACUAAUACCUCUGUUACUUUUGAGUACAGAAGUUAUGUCAGUGUAGCAUGGGCGUGGCAGAUGCAGGGUAUGCAGGGGAGGACAUGUCCCCAGCACUUCCAAUACCUACCCUUUCUGUCUGCACUACCUGGCCUAGCAUUCUGAGUUCGUUGGUUAAUGUUAAAUUAUCUUUAACAAGUUGGUGCUCAUAUUUCUAUUGCGUGUAUGUACAUGCUUAUACGCAUCCUAAAGAAAGGCACUGAGGAUAGUGUGGUGUCCUGACACAUGCAGUAUAUUCAAAUGGGUCUGAAGAGGACAUGAAUCAUGACAUUUCAAAGGUUUUGAGAGUUUAGGGCUCUUAAAUCAAAUCAUUUGACAUUUCAUAAAAUAGCCAUGUUCAUGCUUUUCCCUUUGUCAUCAGGUGUUUUUGAUUGUUCAAUGCAAUUAAAUAGGAGAGGAUCUUCAAUAAGUCAUUCAAUAAAAACUAUCUUGCUCCCUCGCACUUUUUUUUUUUUUUUUUUUUUUUUUAAAGGUGAAGAAGAUUCAUACAAUUAUAGGUCCUCUGAAAUAACAACAAAGCAGCGCCUUCAGCUGGAUUUUUCUUUAGAAGGAUCUGAAUGGCGCUGCGCCAAUCACCAACUUACAGUUUGGUCUCUGUCAAAACAAAAGCACGAAGUCUCAGAGGAAGAAAGGAAGCUCACUAAGUGUUGUUUGAGCUGUGACGACAGACCGACUCCUCCAGGUGGAGUGAAGGUGUGAGACUCAGUCUGUCGGUCUCUCAGCAGGUAGUGAUGGACAAGUUUAGGAGGAUCCAGAACAUCGCCAACCAGCAGGACAACUUCAGGGUCGUGGCCCUACUGACUGCAGGGGGGCAGCAGCUCUUCACUUUAAUGGUCUUUGAGUGUCCCUGCAACAAGGAGCUGAACUUCAUGUACGGGAUGGUGUCUAUGCUGGUGCCCGCUCUGACCCUGCUGCUGCUCGGAUACAUCCUCAGUAAGAAGACCUGGAAGCUGAUGACCGGUAUGUGCCGGCGCAGAGAGCGGCCGUGCGCGUGGAGGAGAGUGGUUGCGGCCGGGGCCGUCCUGUUCCAGAUCAGCACCACCGCGCUGGUGGCCCCGUUCACCUGGGUAGCCGUGGCUCUGCUCAACGGGAACUACGUGGAGUGCGCCGUGACCGGCACCAACUCGAGCAGCUUCCACAGACACCUGUGCGGAGAGACACCGUACACGGAGCAGUGCACGAAGGAGCUGUUCAUGUUCCCCUGUGGAGAAGGCAGCGGGGUCCCAAAGGUUUACAGGGAUCAGGUGAUGCUCACCCUCAAGGCUCACUCACAGGUCAGUGGUCCGCGUGCACUCCUGCUUUCCUUACUUCAAUUCGACUCUUAAGGUGAAAAAAAAUGACUACAUCUUUGAGGCCAAGAGGUAACUAAACGCACGUCUCAGAGCCAAAUUAAUCAGAAAACAACAUCAUGAUUUCAAAGAUAAUGAUAAGGUAGACACGUGUUUGAUUUACAGUGAUGAUCAGCAAUAAAAAGAUUGAGCCUAAAUGUUGUCCAUGAUACUGUUGUGAUGGUUCCGGCCUCUGUUUAAAAAGCUGGAUGGCAGUAAUAUAAAUGUCACAUCAUAGUAUGGGAUGAAUUGCAGAAUAGGCUACAAAAUGCUCUUAAAAGAAACAGUCAUCUUAAUUACAUUACAAAUUUAUUUACUUUUUUUAAAUUUACUUUUACUUUUUUUUAAUUAUAUUUUUAGUAGUAGACCUGUAUUGAUAGGCUACUCCCCAGAGUGCCUUAAAUCUAUGCUUGUCAACAUACCAAUAAAUGUUUUCUGGAUAUUUCUGUAAUUAUAGUAAAUAUAUUACUGAGUAAUUUACUUUAGGGUUUGAAAAAUAUACCUGGAUCAUGUUGCCACAGACACAUUGGCUACUUGAGAAAAUUAUAUACUAUAAAACAUACUCUUUCAAACCUCAUAACCUUUCCAAACUCUCUGUGUGGCAUAUUAAUUUCUCCAGCCUUGUAUAACAUACUUAACUAAAAUCCAUUUUUAUUACAUGUGUCUAAACAUCAGUCAGUAGACCUAUAAUUAAUACAUGAUUGUGUCUUGUUUCAUUGGUAAUGAUAGAGUUGAAAUGAAAGAAUCUGUAUUAAUUAAGCAUUUACUUAUUUCACUAUGUGCUAUUCUACAAUGGGUGUGCAGCAAAAGUACAACCUUAUUAAAAAAUAGCGCCCUGUGAAUGCUCUUUUAGUAUAUAAGGUACAAAAAGUGUUUUAUUGAUGCUCUUCCAGUGGGUAUAACCAACAAAAUAGUGCCCUCUGGAUCCCCUACUAGUAUAGUAAACAUGAAAGAAGCCCACUGGACGCCUUUCCAGUGAAAUUUAGGUUAAAAAAAAUUGGUCCUCUGAAUUCCCUGUCAACAGUUAAAGAUUGAUGGGGCGACAGUUUAUUUAUUCAGCUUUGGUAUAUCACACAGUUGGUACUGUGAUAAAACAUAUCCUUGCAUUUGAUUAUUUACUUUUAUAAGUUUAUGAGUGACAUGGAGACUACGUCAUAUAAGCCAUGUAAAAUCUUGGCUGCGUGUUCUUGCUGUCCACAGAUUUUGGGUUGGUUUCUUAUUGCCUCCACCAUUUUAUUCAACCUGCUGCUGACCUGCCUGGGUCGCUGCUUCUCUCCAAUCAGUUACCUCCAGCUCAGGUUCUGGAGAGCCUACGCUGAGAAGGAGAACAGCAAGAUGGAUUCAUACACUGUUGAACACGCCAAACAGCUCGCUGAGAGGAACGUGGCAAGCUUCUUCACUAUGAUGCCGCCCGAGAACAUGCAAACCCCCUCCAACAGGGACUGGGAAAAGAUCUCCUCCUUGUACACGUUCAGCUCCAGGAAGCAGUACUACAGCACCCUGCAUCGCCACAUAGAGAGCUGGCAAGAAGAUAAAAGCGGGAUGAUGAGGAUGGCGUCAGUAAAAUCACUUAACUCUGCUGUUGUUAGCCCUACUGUCCUGUCUUUUGUGGAUGAUGGCAACAUCACACUGUGA